AUGGCGGGCACUUCCCAGGAGGAAGCCGGGCAGCACCUGGAUUUCCCCAGGUGUGGCCUCAGCUAUAAAGAGCGCCAGGAGCCCAGUGGCCAGGUCCUGCCCCAGGUGUGCUCACUCCAGGCGGCGCCAGUCACAGCCAUGCCACCGUACCCUGCGUCACCCAUGAACCUCCCUAGCCUCCUGCUUCUACUCUGCCUGCCAGUCAGCCUGGCCGACCACGACACCCCACUAGUUUGGGGGACCCCCCACUCCACACUCACCACCACUCGAUGUUACACCCCCGACGAGCUGCCCCUGGGCCUGCCUCCUCGGCACCUGCUGGCUCGAAGCGCCAAGUGGGAGCAGUCCCUGCCCGUGACCCUGGUGUCCAGCCUGGAGGUGGCUGCCCGGAGGAGACGUCACCACAGGUCCCCAGCCAGGUCCCAGUGCCCAGUGCUUCGUGCAGAGCAGGUCCUGGCAGCAGACAUCCACCAGCGCUCCAUCUCGCCCUGGAGAUACCGCAUAGACACCGACGAGAACCGCUACCCGCAGAAGCUCGCCUUCGCUGAGUGCCUGUGCCGCGGCUGCAUCAACGCGCGCACGGGCGGCGAGACGUCAGCGCUCAACUCGGUGCAGCUGUCCCAGAGCCUGUUGGUGCUGCGCCGCCGCCCGUGCGCCCCCGACGGCGCGCACGGCCCCCAGCCCGGAGCCGUGGCCUUCCACGCCGAGUUCAUCCGCGUGCCGGUGGGCUGCACCUGCGUGGUGCCCAGGUGGGCGCGCUGA